AUUAACCUGCCUGUGUACGACGGGUUGAGGAAGGGACCGUCGAAGAGGAUAGCCAUGAAGUGGAUACGGUUCUCGCUCCUGGUUUUGGGGGUGUUUUCCCUCUGCUGUGCUACGGCUGGUGACAGCAGCGGCAUAAAGAAAAUGAAGAUGCAGUUUGCCACGGGACCUCUUCUCAAGUUUCAAAUCUGCAUUUCCUGAGGAUACAAGCGGGUGUUUGAGGAGUACACGCAGGCCUUGUACCAGCGGUACCCAGACAUCCGCAUUGAAGGGGAGAACUAUCUUCCUAUUCCCAUCUAUCGACACAUUGCUUCCUUCCUGUCUGUUUUCAAACUGCUGGUGAUUGGGCUGAUUAUCAUCGGCAGGGACCCGUUCGCUCUCUUUGGUAUGCAAGCCCCCGGAAUGUGGGAAUGGGGCCAAGGAAAUAAGAUUUAUGCCUGCAUGAUGGUGUUCUUCCUCAGCAACAUGAUUGAAAACCAGUUAAUGUCAACGGGAGCGUUUGAAAUCACAUUAAAUGAUGUACCAGUGUGGUCCAAAUUGGAGUCAGGUCACCUGCCCUCCAUGCAGCAGCUUGUGCAAAUCCUGGAUAAUGAAAUGAAGAUGAACGUUCACAUGAACACAAGGCACCACCACCAUUCAUAACCUUACUGUUCAAUUCCUAGCUGAAGCUAAAAGCCCCUCCCUGUUUGAGGUGGGUUUCUCACUGGGCUGUGAGGUGAUGUUUAUGAACGUCUGCGCUGAAGGCAGGAACACUGCUAGCACAGACUGGAUGUCCCCAUCACUCUUCACUGCGCCCCUUAGAGAUGACCCGCCCCUGACGCCAGAGUGGGAUCCAUGGCAACAGUGCUGGCCAUUUUGUCAUUUUCUUGUACUAUUCAUACUACUACAGAGUUCAUCCAGGUGAUAUUAGUGAGCCCAUAAGGAGAGAGUUAACAUUGGUUCUUGUAGUCUUUAACUAUUUGAAUAUAAUUUGAUCUCUGUGGAAAAAAAGAAACAAUGUGUCAUUUGUACCACUGAGCCAUAUGUAGAAAUUUGUUUAUCAAGUAGUUUACCGUGUAGAAAUUUGCAGCACUUAAAAGUCUGUCAUCACUGUUGUGAAAAUAACAUUGGGAACCUGUUGGUAUGAUUUCUGAAUUUUUAUAUUUACAAACCUUGGAGGAAGCUAAGAAGAUUAAUAAAACAUAUUGUUAACUAUUUAACUCUGAAACUGCUGUGUGGUGUUGAGUUGACAUACUGAUGUGGUGUUAAGUUAAAUGGCUAACGCAUCUGUUGUCAUCAGGCUUAUAGUUUACUGUGGGUAUACUAUGCAAUGGUAUGAAAUAUCUGGAGUAACAACCUGAUUAUUAAGUCUUCGGGAAGCUCUACACUGAUUUUAUAUUACAAGGCAAAAGAGAGGAGAAAUUAAAAAAACAAAACUACAAGACCAGCCUAAAAAAUACAGUGUGGUUAAUGUGCAACAGAUGACUUUAUUUAGACAAUGAGUAAUGAAAGUCAUUUAUUGGGUUAAUUCUAUAACACCUUUACUUGAUAUUCUCUUUGUAAAACCGGGUUCCAUUUAAAUUGAAUUUAAAAUAAAGGUAAGUCUGGCCUUAAAAAUGAGAAAAUACUGAUUCAGCCAAGCAUGCUAUAAGGAUUAUCUCUAUAUAUUAAAAUAUCGACAUGCUGGCACUCAGGUGCUAGUACAUAAAAUGUUUGGUGUUUUUUUUUUUGUUUGUUUGUUUGUUUAUUUGUUUUCCCUUUAGGUGAUAUAGUUUUCUGGUAACUAAAGUCAAAAAAUGAGACAUGCAAAAUGUUUUUCCAGCCUUUUUUUUUUCUUUCUGUAAAUAAAUGUCAAGUCACUGUCA